GUGGGCUUCAGCUCUUUCAAAUUUUCUUUUGUCAAUUCAUUCUUCCGCCUGAUAUGGAUGAAAGGUUGAGAACAGCAGCUCAUACAGGAAAUGUUAGUGAUCUAUACAGUUUAAUCCAAAGAGAUGGAAAUGUUUUGAGGCACUUUGAUGAGGUGGAGUUUGUCGAAACUCCCUUACACAUUGCUGCAGAAGAAGGAUGCAUUAGGUUUGCAAUGGAAAUGAUGAGCUUGAAGCCAUCAUUUGCUAGCAAGCUAAACCAACAAGGCUUGACCCCACUUCACCUUGCAGUUACAAAAGGGCAUACAAGUAUGGUUCUACGUUUAAUGGAAAUUGAUAAAGAUCUAGUUCGUGUCAAAGGAAAGAAUGGUAAGACACCUUUGCACAUCAUAACUGAAGUUGGGAACCAUAAUGGUCUGUUGGAGAGAUUUCUAGAGAUUUGUCCUCAAUCGAUUCGAGACGUUACAAUUGAGAAUCGUAAUGCUUUGCACAUUGCCGUGGAAAACGACAGACUGGAUGUUCUUCGAGUCCUACUUCCAACACUUAGGAAGACAGACUACUAUCGUGAAGUGGUGAACCAAAAAGAUGAAGAUGGGAACACUGCACUGCACUUAGCUGCUUUUCAUAAUCAACCCGAGAUGCUUAAACUAUUAUUGAACUGCAACGCCGAUAAGCACGCUACCAAUCAAGCUGGUUUGAUGGCAUUGGAUAUUGCAGACCAGAAUCAUAAUGAAGACAGUAUUACUGUUCUACGUGGUUGCUUUAUUCCAGGAGUUUCAAACUUUAAACAUAAGUUGGAGAAACAAGUGAGAAAAGCAUCAUCUCUAAUCUCUCACGAGAUAGAUAAUAUAUCAGGCGAGGACCGCAAUGCCUUACUAGUAAUUUUAGGGUUGCUUCUAACUGCAACCUUCCAAGCUAGUCUUAGCCCACCUGGUGGUGUUUGGCAGGGAGAUAACACUUCAAAGUCCAAAGGGUCAUAUGAUGAGAAUGCGUUGGGUAGAUCAAUCUUAGAUGAAUUUAGUUUUCUUUUUUUCUAUAUUCCAACUUAUCUUGUCUUCAUCGUAACCUUUUUCUUAACAUUAGCCUUGCUUAAACCUUAUCCCCAUUGUUUCAGAACAGCACUUCAAGUCUUACUUGCUUUCUUCGCAAUAUGCUUCGACCUAUCAGUAAGGUUCAUAGCGCCAACUGACUUCACAACUAGAGUUAUGGCUGUAUUUUCGGUUUUGUUUUUUGUUUUAACGGUGCUCAUGGUUUUCACUUCUCGGGUGUCGAAACUUAGUGUUGCAAUUCUGGGAUGUUGGCUAUCCCCUUCAUCUGUGUUGACAUAUGAUGAUAUAGAUCCAGUUUUACCACAUGUAAUUCAGGGAGUUUGGUUAUUCUUUUUCCUAUAUGAUGAAUUCUGGAAAGGAACUAUUCUAGUUGUAGCAUACUGUUUAGCCUUCAGCAUGAUCAGGGAUUUAACGAUUUUCCUGGUCUUUGGAUGCUGGUUAUCCCUUUGUCUAUGUAGAUUCUGUCUAAACCGGUUUCUUAUUCAUAAAGUGUAGCUAUCUUUGUACCAAAGAGAAUAAUCAAAACAAUGUUCAUCUAAAUCCCUUUUUGUCUCCUUUGAUUCAUCAAUGUUAUUUUGAUCAAAUUUUAA